AGCGGUUCCCGCGCGCUCUCCUGUAAGCGCAGGCGGGGCGCGGGGCGCGGGGCGCGCGGCAGGCCAGGGAUGAAGCCGGGUCCCGGGACGUGGAAGCGGCGGGCCCCUCUGAAGCGGUCCCGGAUCCUGCACAUGGCACUGAUGGGGACCUCCGACCCCUCGACCGAGACAGAGGCCAGCAAGGAGAAGCCCUUCCUGCUGCGGGCACUGCAGAUCGCCCUGGUGGUGUCACUCUACUGGGCCACCUCUAUCUCCAUGGUGUUCCUUAACAAGUACCUGCUGGACAGCCCUUCCCUACAGCUGGACACCCCCAUCUUCGUCACCUUCUACCAGUGCCUGGUGACCACAGUGCUGUGCAAGAGCCUCAGCACCCUGGCCACGCUCUGCCCCGGCACCUUGGACUUUCCCUCCCUGCGCCUGGACCUCAGGGUGGCCCGCAGCGUCCUGCCCCUGUCCGUGGUCUUCAUCGGCAUGAUCACAUUCAACAACCUGUGCCUCAAGUACGUCGGGGUGGCCUUCUACAACGUGGGCCGCUCACUUACCACCGUCUUCAACGUGCUGCUUUCCUACUUGCUGCUCAAGCAGACCACCUCCUUCUAUGCCUUGCUCACCUGCGGGGUCAUCAUCGGUGGCUUCUGGCUUGGUGUGGACCAGGAGGGGGAAGAGGGUACCCUGUCUUGGACGGGCACCCUCUUCGGCGUGCUGGCCAGCCUCUGUGUCUCGCUCAACGCCAUCUACACCAAGAAGGUGCUCCCGGCCGUGGAUGGCAGCAUCUGGCGCCUGACCUUCUACAACAAUGUCAAUGCCUGCGUCCUCUUCCUGCCCCUGCUCCUGCUGCUGGGGGAGCUGCAGGCCCUCCGCGACUUUUCCCAGCUGGGCAGCGCCCACUUCUGGGGCAUGAUGACCCUGGGCGGCCUGUUCGGCUUUGCCAUCGGCUAUGUAACCGGUCUACAGAUCAAGUUCACCAGCCCUCUGACCCAUAACGUGUCCGGCACGGCCAAAGCCUGUGCCCAGACGGUGCUGGCGGUGCUCUACUACGAGGAGACCAAGAGCUUCCUCUGGUGGACCAGCAACAUGAUGGUGCUGGGGGGCUCCUCUGCCUAUACCUGGGUCCGGGGCUGGGAGAUGAAGAAGAUUCAGGAGGAGCCCAGCCCCAAAGAGGAGGAGAAGAGCAGCAUGGGGGUGUGAGUUGCUCCAGGGACCCGGGGAUGGCCCAGUCAGGGCAAAGGCCCAGGGUAGGGCCCAAAUAGCCAUGAAGACAUCUCUCUGGACCCUGAGAAGGGGGUCUGGAGGGGGUAUUGUUUACAAACCCGAUCACAGUCUGGUGGUUAAAAUGAAACCAGUGUUGUCAAGGGAUGUCAGAAAGUGGCCAAACCUAUCUCAACCCCAUGCCGAUUUCUGGGUUUUGUCCUCUAGGGAGGAUGGGACCCCAUGGGAACGGCCACUUGGGUUCUCUGGAAGAACCCUCACUUUCAGGGAGGCAGCACCCCUUCCUGUCCCCCUUCCAGGGGUUUCUACCUCCACGUGACCUUUGGAGUUGGGGACAGGCCACAACCAUUUAGGGACAGCAGUAAGUCUUCACUUGCACCCAGGGGAGAUGGGGGUGUGACCCUACCACAGACCAACUAAAGGGAUUGGGGAAACCUCAUCUAUCUGAGUCCCAAGACAAGGAGUGAAGUUUUGAUCCCACCAAUCAGCUGCCUUCUACAGGAAAGUGUGGACAGGGCUGAGGGAGGAAACUGACAAGUAUUCCCUCUUCUCUGCGUCCAGCCCAGCAGGCCCCAUGGAAGGGCACAGAGGAUCAUUUGUCCCCGACCCCGGCCCUGGGCCCCCCAGGGCCUGCUGGGAAUAGGCCUGGGAAUGAGGUACCUCAUGGGAAAGCGCCCUUUUCCCACCAUCUGUACCCUGUGUUCCCAGCUUUUGGACACAGGGGAGCCACACAGCUUGAAGAGGUUAAGCAGGGCCAUUAACAACCACCCCAAUCCCUGACACAAGGAAGUGUCCUUCCUCCCCUCCGGAGGGGCACUUGGCCCAGGUAAGACCUCCCAGCUUGGCCUUCUCAGAGCUGCAUCCCCAAGGGGGCUGCUAGAGGAAGGGUCCUGGCUCUGAGCCCCGCCCCACCCCCGUUCCCCUGCGGUGCUUUGCCAUUCCCAGAUCCUGAUCCCUGUGCAGGGGUUGCAACCUGGCUCUGAUGAAGGAGAUAAACUACCUUGUUUCUUCCCUGAGGUUAGGGCUGAAAGAAGCUUCUCCUCCCCUCACCCCUGCCCCGUGACCUCAUGCCGGCCUUCACAGUCCCUGUCCUUUCUGUUGCACUCUGUUCCAUCUCCUUGGGAUAAUGCCCUCAUGAUUUUAGUCGUCAUGGGGGAAAGGUUGGGGAGGGCGGGCUUCUAACUCAAGGUGGUUUCUAAGGAAGUGAGUAAGGCCUGAUGCCCUGAAUGGAAACGGGAGUAAGACACUAUAGUGUAAACCCCCCACCGCUGGGGUCUUUUCUUUUCUGCAAAGCAAGUGCCUGACUUAGCUCUGAGGGCUGAAGCAGCCACAAUCAGAGAUCGCCAGCCACUGCACAAGACAGAGCCAGGCCACCUUCCCCAUCAGAGGCCCCUUGGUUUUUAAGAUAUUGGUUGAUUUCAGUAACUGAUCAUUUGGGCCACUUGUUUGCUUUUUCUCCUCCUUCGCUUUAAAUUUCCACUCCUAUGUUUCGAACUCACCAAUAAAGAGGGAGCCCACAAAACCCUUGACCCCCCAAUAAAAGCAGAACCCCAGGCCUGCGUGUGCUCUCUCAUUCUCUCUCCCUGUCCCCCCGCCACCACCAUCACCUCGCUGUGUGACCCCAGGUGUACUGUGUGGUUUCCAGAUCCUGUAAGUAAUAAACCUUUAUUUUU